UAGCGGCGGUGUCAGAGAGACACGCUUCUAAAGACAGGAAGCCGAUUUGGGGCGGAUGGUGGGAACUCUUAGCUGGCCUGGGGUCUUCGGGGAGCCGAGCGGAGGGAGGAAUCUCCGCCGUCGUCUGUUUCCCGUGAGCCUGGUGAUUCGGGCGUCUGUCCCCUGGGAUGUUCCGCCGGGAGCGCGCCAUUCCCUUUCGAGGCUCGGCGGCCGCCCUGUGCAACAACCUCUGUGUGCUGCAGCAGCCGGUCCGCAACCUCACACAUAUUGGCGUAGUCCAUGGACCCGGCGCCCAGCUUCUCAGCGCUGCUCCUGAGGGGGUGCCCUUGGCCCAGCGCCAGCUCCACGCUAAGGAGGGCGCUGGCGUGAGCUCCCCAUUUAUCACCCAGGUCCACUGGUGUGUCCUCCCUUACCGAGUAUUGCUGGUACUCACUUCACAUUGAGGAAUACAGAUGUACAAGUCUGAUGGCUCCGUCAUGGUCUAUUGACACGCCCUGGACUCUGGAGAUGCCUCUCUAGUACAGGCUGUGUUUGCCCGAGGAAUUGCUGCCAGUGGUCACUUCAUCUCUGUGGGAGCGUGGUCAGGCCGGGUACUGGUGUUUGACAUCCCAGCCAAGGGUCCCCACAUCGUACUAAGUGAAGAGCUGGCUGGACACCAGACACCAGUCACAGACAUUGCCACCGAGCCCGCCCAGGGCCAGGACUGCGUGGCUGACAUGGUGACAGCUGAUGACUCAGGCUUGCUGUGUGUCUGGCGGUCAGGGCCUGAAUUCAAAUUACUGACCCGAAUUCCAGGAUUCGGGGUCCCGUGCCCUUCCGUGCAGCUGUGGCAGGGGACCAUAGCCCCAGGCUAUGGGGACGGGCAGGUGCGUCUGUACGAAGCCAGUACAGGAACUCUGCACGUCCAGAUCAACGCGCACGCCUGGGCCGUCUGUGCCCUGGACCUGGCUCCCGACGUGGGCAAGCUACCCUCUGCGGCUGAAGACACCUUUGUACACAUCUGGAAGCUGAGCAGAAGCCCAGAGAGUGGCUACAUUGAGGUGGAACACUGUCAUGGUGCGUGUGUGCCGGACACCCAGGUGUGUGGUGCCCGAUUCUGUGACCCCUCGGGCAGCUCCUUUGCUGUGACUGGCUAUGACCUCGCUGAGAUCCUGAGAUUCAGCAGCAUGCGAGAGAGCAGCAGCCCUCCUUCCCCCCUGUGGUAUUACUUAUAAAGUUCCCCCCCCACCCA